GCCACAUGAAAUUUUCCCAAUGCACCAAAAAAACAAAACAAAGUCCUAAACCAAACGCAUACACACACACCAUUUUUCUUCCUAAAUCGCCUCUCAUUAGCAACCUCUCUAAACCGCCGUCGUCCUCGUUCCAAUGGCAAAUACCCACUCUCAGCCCACUUUUCCUCUUCAUCUUUGCUUCUUCUUCCUCAUCCUCCUCAUGUUCUUGUCCUUCUCUUGGUACUCCAAUUACGAGUCUGCGGUGGAAGACGUUUUCGACCAACUCAAGCUCCUCCUCAUCGUCUCACCUCUUCUCCUACUCCUCCUCGUCCACUGGCUCUCCAACACCAAAAGCGGUCACUUGCCAUCCCUCAUCCCCCUACCGGAAAAAGACUCGCUCCAUCGCGCUGGAGGAACACCUUGGGGCGUGGGGUUUCUGUUGGUUCUUCUUCUUUUCAUGGUCUCUUAUCAAUCUUACUUCCAAGAACGGUGGUUUCCUCUCUUGAGCCGGUGAUGAUCCGAACGAGACAACCCAUACGUUCAACGAUGGAAUAAUAGGAAUUUUUACUCCUAGCUAAAAUUUUCUACUACUUUAUAGUACUGAUCAAUUGAAAGUAUUAUUGUAAGUGUCUUUGAUAUGCACUCUUUGGAUUUGUUUUUAUGUUGACGAAGAGUUUGGAUGUGUCAUAAGAUAUCUGUUUAUAUUAAUUUUUAAUGUAAAGAUUACUAUUAGUCCUUUUUAAUUGUUAUUUUAAUUUUAGAUGGAAUCCAAAGCGUGGAUCGAGGCCUUAUAUAAAGUAAUUUGUGUUGGAGUGAUUUUAAAAAAGAAGUUACACUUCCCAUUGUAAUUA